AUGUCAAAGACUCUAGCUGUUGUUGGCGCUACCGGCAAGCAAGGCGGCGCCCUCAUAAACUACAUCCUCAACGACCCAGAGCUCUCAAAGCAAUACACCAUCCGCGCCAUUGCCCGCGAUGUUGACUCUGAAAAGUCCAAAGACCUCAAGGCGCGCGACAUCCAAGUUGUUCAAGGCGACUUGGCCGAUCAAGCUUCCAUGAAGAAAGCCCUUACGGGUGCUCAGUACUUCUUCUUUGUGACCACGCCUUCGUGGACUGCUACCGACCUGAAGCCUGAAUACGAGAUCAUCAAGAAAACCGCUGAUACCGCUGUCGAAGCUGGGAUUGAAUACAUCAUCUUUAGCAGUCUUCCCAGCACUUCUGACAUCUCUGGUGGGAAAUACACCGCCAAUCAUCCCUUCGAUGCAAAGGCUGAAGGCGAGAAGUACAUCCGUACACUUCCCAUCAAGAAAGCAUUUGUUCGUCUCGCAUUCUUUCUCGAGAACAUCACUCAGAUUCCUCUCUGGCAACCUCAGAAAGACACCGAGGGGAACUGGAUUAUGUCUCUCCAGCUAUCACCCAAGACGCGCCUCCCAUGGAUUGACAACGGAAGCAACAUUGGAAGUUUCGUCGGUGCCAUCCUGGCUAAGCCAGAUAAAUACGACGGUGUUGGCUUUGAUGUGGCUGUUGGGCACUACAGCAUGGAAGAGCUCGUGGCUAUUGAGAGUAAAGCUACUGGAAAGGAGAUCAGGUACAAGCAGAUUUCUCCUGAGGAGUUUGCGGAGAAGUUGCCCAUCAUGAAGGAGGUUUAUGUCAAUGCUUUCCAUGCUGGUGAGGAGUUUGGGUACUUUGGUGCUGGGGGAGAAAAGUCUGUUGCUUGGGCUGCUGAGAGGGCUAGGGGUAAGCUUGUGACUCCGGAGGAGUAUUUCAAGGUGAAUCCUCUUGUAUUGGAGUAA